AUGGUUUUAAUUUUAAACGUUUUGUUCGCAUUCUACCUCAGAUCCACGUUCGGUGGCCUUGUUUUGCAACGUUCAAAUUCAACAAAUCGCAUCGUAGGCGGUGCUAGUGUACCCGCUGGCCGAUAUGUACCCUAUCAGGUUUCCUUACAAUACUUGACUAGAAAUCGGGAAUAUCAACAUUUCUGUGGAGGUUCAAUUUUAUCGGCAGAUCGCGUACUAACCGCUGCCCAUUGUUGUCAAGGUCUGAAUCCGCAACGUAUGUCUGUUCUGGCAGGCGUUAAAGACUUAAACGAUUCCGAGAACGGUACACGUUCUCAAGUGAUAAACUAUGAAAUUCAUCCCAAUUAUGAGGAGUUAAGAACUAGCGACAUUGCUUUAAUAACUGUUCAUCCACCUUUCGAGUUAAACGACGCUACCAUAGCAGCUAUAGAGAUAUAUAAUCAAGGCUUUGUGCCGGGUGACGUCAAAGUCACUUUAACCGGCUGGGGCUUACGUUUGCCGGUACAAUUUCCUUUCCUACCGGACAGUGUUAAUUAUCCUAGCGUGCUGCAGACGAUGACUUAUACCACUAUCACAAAUCGCGAGUGCCGAUAUAAGGGAAUUACCGAUCUCACGGACACUGAAAUAUGCGCUGAAGGUUUUCCUUUUAAGGGCGCUUGCUUGGGCGACUCCGGAGGACCUUUGGUUACGUCCACGAGACACGGUAUACAACAGGUUGGCAUUGUCUCUUACGGCCUCUUCAUAUGCGGCGUUUUUGAUGUACCCGAUGUUUAUACCAGAGUUUCGGAAUUUAAUCUUUGGCUAAGAGAGCGGAUAUCGUCGAGUAGUAUAAAAAAAUUGUAA